UCCAAUGAAAAUAAUACUCAACGAAAAUUCGUACUCAACGAAAUGAACCAGUCGAAUAAGCCCAUUGUGUCACGAGACAAACAAAUUUGAGUCAGCUGGGAUCGGGAGAGAGUGACCCGAUUUUCUACUUCGAGGAUCUGAUGAUAGGAAGAUUUGUGGUUGCAUCAGAGAUAAUUCCUGGUGCCUUGCAGGUUGUAGGAUUACAUGGAUUCCAACUAUGGUUACUACAUUCAUGGAAUGCUGGGGCAUACAUCAAUAAUUGCUGAUAACUGCUCCGAUGAUGCUGUCCAGUGGUUGUGGCACACUUUCCAUGAGUGUGUACGUAACAAUAUCCAGUAUGCUGGGUUCGUUCUUGGGUUACUCUCAAUAUGCUGUUGGGUGGUUGUGUUUUUACCCCAAUUUUAUGAAUCGUACAAAAAUGGCAAAAUGGAUGAAGGUGUGUCUAUAGCAUUUCUUAUUCUCUGGCUUCUAGGUGAUACAACAAAUCUCAUUGGAUGUCUACUUGCAGAUCAGCUUACAACACAGGUUGGAACUGCAUACUACUAUAUCUUUAUGGACUUCCUCAUUAUAUCCCAGUAUUCUUACUAUUUCUUCAAAAAUAGAAAACUCAGAAAUCGAUCAUCUAAUUAUUACUCGCCAGUAAAUUCACAAUCAGGGCAAGUUGUCUUCUGCAUUGCUAUGGUAAUGUGGUUUUCAUCAAUAUUCACCUCUUUACCGUUACAAAUGGAACCAGCGCCCACAAUCGGAAGACUACCAGGAAGAACAUUACUUGCUCAUUCAGAAUGCAAAGUGUACCUGUAUGACGAUACCUGCCUAUUUUUUUCCAACAAAGAUAUAAUCGGGUAUGCGUGCGGUGUAUUGUCAAGUAUAUUCUACCUGACUUCAAGAACGCCCCAAAUAUAUAUGAACUAUAAACGGAAAUCAGUUGAGGGAAUUUCUAGAGUGAUGUUUUUAAUAGCGAUCAUGGCAAACCUGCUGUAUGGCACUUCGGUCCUGUUCGAAGUCCAAGGAGACACCGCCGUCUUUAUGAUUAGACAUUUACCAUGGCUUGUUGGAAGCUUGGGAACACUGGUAUUUGAUUUAACUGUCGUAAUUCAGUUCCGUUUCUACAAGGUAGAAACCAGGAGUCUACCUCUGCUGUCAGAUGAUACUGAUCCUCUACCAAAUGGUCACUUCAAUGAGAGUAUCAACUCGGAUAUCAUUUGAAAAAAAACAUAAGCUUGAGUAACCAGGGAAAAGGGUUGUUGUUAAUCUCUCUCACCCUGUCUAGACUUGUGUGACAAAGACUUGUGAUUUGCCCAUAUGAUAGUGAUGGGACAUCAUCAUGUCCAUAUAUAGACAAAUCACACAUAUUUGUCACUUUAUUGUGUUAACAUAUACACGUUGACAUAUCUUUACACAUUAAGUAAAAGAGUUUAUGUUAAAUU